AUGGAUAUUUUACGACGACUUGCAUUUAUCUGCUCGCCGUUUGUAGGAGACAGCUACAUGAAUACCGGCGAUUGCAUUUUUGUGAUUGUUCUAACAAUUCUUGUUAUCAUUGGCAUAUCGCUCAAUCUCGCGCUUCUCUACAUGAUCGUCUUCAAGAGUCCACCGACGUUGACACCAUAUCGAAUAUUUCUGGCGAACACCACAAUUUCGCAACUUCUCCUCUCAAUAACCUCGUUCAUCGGACAACCAAGGGUGCUGGCGACUCCAACCCACACAAUUGUCAUUUAUUUGGGUCCCGUCCAAUACCUCGGUGAAUGGCUUUCCUAUAUGGUAUAUUUAAGCUCGCUGCACUUUUCAUUAAACUCAUUCAUAAGCCUCAUGCUCUCCAUGAUCUAUCGCUAUAAUUCUGUGAAGCAUCGCAAGUUCAGCUCUCCUCAAUGCUAUUGCAUAUGUUUAGCAGGAUAUUCAUAUUGCUUAAUUUUAUUGUUGAGUUGUGCCCAAAUCGAAGUGUCACGAGAUGAAAUCAUAAAUGAGCCAAUUGUUGGGAAUAUUGUGCCCGAUUAUCGCCAAUAUAAUAUGAUCAACUUGCUGAUUUUCAUUUCGCUAAUUACCAUUGGUCUUAUUCCCAUUUACGUAGUUAUGUAUUGGUGUCGAUUUCGGAUUAAUAAGAUUCUCAUGAUUUCGACGAAUAUCUACAAUUCUACAACGAAGGCGAAUGCGCAGAGACUUGUCACUGCUCUAACAAUUCAAUCAAUAUUUCCAAUCGCCUCGGUAUUUCCUUCGGUAUUCUUGUAUGGUUUAUCACAGGCAAAAAUAAUUGAAACUGGAUUAUACAGCUACUUUAUUGUUCCUUGCAUCACAAUAUGCACUAUUGUUGAUCCUGUGGUCACUGCAAUAUGCGUGAUUCCUUAUAGAAGAUUCAUUCUCAAAAUCUGCUGA